UAGUGAAUGUCCUUGAUAGAUCUUGGUGUGUGGAGAUAAUCUUGGCUGGUGAGCCCCAAGGGAAUCCAGAAAGUUCGGCCAAAUUUUUGCGUGCUCGGUACGAUUCGAGGAAAGAAUUCUACAAACCUGCUCUCGUCUUUCCAUCACCGAGACUAUCCUGUAGUCGCUGUACAUGGCUCCGAAUCACGGCAUUCAACAUUGCCUCGUCAUGACAUCAGUGGAUGAGCAGGCGCAGCAUGGCUUGGCAUUAGAAAGAAUUGGGAUCGAGUCCUCGGUGUUUGACUCUAUUGCUUCACCAAUCUUUGCCGUCGAUCGCCUUGGGAACGUCACCGACUGGAACGAAACACUAGCAGAUUUGUCUGGUUUUGCAUCCCUCGAUGUGGUACGACGACCGGCAGAGUUGAUGUUAGACGGUUGCGUAGACACUUGGCGCGAGGCCUUACAGACAGUGCAAAGAGCGAAACGUAGUUUUCGAUGCAUGUUGCGUCUGCAUAGCAACCAAUCAGUAUCGACUUCAACAUGGUAUGCUGCGAGGAUCUCCCGUUACAAUUCUUACGAAGGGAUAUUAAUUGGGGCUGUAUGUAUGCUAGAUGAAGAAACUCAAACAUUCGACAUGGGUAAGCAUAUCCAUGUUCAAGAUCUGCGUCCAAACGAUACUAAAGGAUACGAACCAAUACCAGAUUGCGAUUCUCGGGAACUUCUUGGCGGCACAAACAUCCUGAUCAUCAAAAUGGAUAAGCAUGGAAGGGUUGAUCUUUGGAACAAGGUUUCUACAGAGAUAACUGGUGUCACGGAACGCGACGCCCGCGGCGAGAAUAUUUCUGUAUUCCUAACCGAGUCGUCUCGAAAAGCGUUUAGUGAUGUUAUGGAUAAGGCAUUGUCAGGUGAAGCAUGCGCGAACUACCAACUAGAGUUUUUGACAAAAGAUGGUUGCAUUCGAUACCUACUAGGAAGCGUCACACCGCGCACUGAUCUUGACGGCAGCAUUGCGGGCUGCUUGGUUAUCGCACAAGAUGUAACGGAGACGGCCAUACGCGAAAGGACGGUCACAGCAACUGCUCUUGAACUGAGAAUCCUAAUUGAUACAGCGAACGUAGCAAUAUUUGGAGUCGACUGUGACGGUUACAUCAAUGAAUGGAAUGACACGAUGGCUAACACAUGUGGUUUCACUGGUGAUGAGGCGUUCCAUAAGUCAUUUGUCCAUACCUUCAUUGCCCAGGAUCUGAGACCUGCCUUUGAAGUUGUAUUGGAGAUUGCCUUACAAGGGAAAUUUACCAAAAAUUACGAGGCGGAAAUUUUAACAAAGCUUGGCGAGAUACGGUAUCUAUUAUUGAAUACCACUGCUCGGAGAAACUCUGAAAACGAAAUUAUUGGAGUUGUAUUGAUUGCUCAAGAUGUGACCGAGGAAUACAAACAUGACCGUGCAGUUGCUGCUAUGGCCAGUGAGCUCCGGCAGCUAAUUGACACUGCCAACGCCCCGAUUUUCGGCAUUGAUUGUGAAGGGGACGUGAACGAAUGGAAUGACAAAACAUCAGAGAUUACUGGAUACACGAAAGAGGAGGCCUUUGAUUGCUGUCUAGUGGAAACCUUUAUCGUUCCAUCAAUGCAGGAGUCCGUGAGACACGUCCUGGAGACAGCUCUAAAAGGAAGAGGAACAUCUAACUAUGACCUCGAGUUUCGUACGAAAUCCAACGAGAUUCGCCAUCUUCUUGUAAACGCAACCACUAGACGUGAUGCUGAGAACAAUAUUGUGGGAGUAGUUGGUGUUGCACAAGAUGUCACUGAAGCUGUCCAACGCGACCGGGCUGUAGCUGGUAUGGCUUUGGAGCUUCGACAACUAAUCGACACGGCCAAUGCCCCGAUUUUCGGGAUUGACAUAAAUGGGAAUGUAAACGAGUGGAAUCGGAGAACUCAAGAGAUAACAGGUUACUCGAAAGAAGAGACAUUCGAUGAGCCCCUAGUAGAACGGUUUAUCGCCAAGCACAUCAGGAAGAAGGUUCAAGAAAUUCUGGACUCGGCGUUGCAAGGAAUUGAGACUUCAAAUUACGAACUCGAAUUUUUGUCGAAGUCCGGAGAGCCAGCUUUUAUGCUUGUAAACGCAACUACUCGACGAGAUCCCGAGUUUAAUGUUGUCGGUGUUGUUGGGGUAGCCCAGGAUGUUACCGAAGACAGGAAACACGCAGAGGAACUACGAAAGAUGCAGUAUUUGCAAGCGCUGCAAGAAGCAAAAGUGGAAACCGAGCGUAACAUGACUGCCUAUUUUGCGCACGAGCUAAGAAAUCCACUUGGAGCGAUUGACAGUGCGCUGAGUGUGAUGCCUGAAAACAUUCCUGAUUCGGCAAAGUCACUAGUCUCAGGGAUGCAACUUUGCUGCAGUUUCAUGUCAUCAAUUAUGAACAACCUGCUCGACGUCCGCAAAAUGGAAGAGGGUAAAAUGACUCUGAACAAGACCCCCAUCUCAUUGAAAGCUCUCUCUAGAAAAGUACACAAAAUGCUUGGACCCUCUGUUAAACCUGGAGUAACAUUUACAGAAAGUUGUACAACCAACGGAAAAGAUUGGGUUUUAGGAGAUGAACAUCGCUUACAACAGGUGAUGACGAACGUUAUCACGAAUGCGAUUAAAUACACUGUCGGAGGAUCAAUUUCAAUAUACAUGGGGUGGGAAGGAGACGAUGUGAAGUUCGAGUGUGUGGAUACAGGACCCGGCAUUCCGAAACGAGAACAAGAGAAGCUUUUUCAGCGAUUCGUAAUGAGAGGAGGGGCACCAGGGACUGGACUAGGACUUGCAAUUGCAAAGCAUCUCGUGGAUCUUGCGGGCGGAUCCAUCCGGUUUGAUAGUGAUCCGUCAAUACAGGCUGGUACUGCAUGCAUCGUUUUGCUUCCGCUUGCACUAUGUGAUCCUCCAGAAGAAGGAAACAAUGUCAUCAAAAUGAGUUUGCUAGAUGAGCCCUUAAAAUUUCUGGUCAUCGAUGAUGUGAGAAUGAAUCGUACAAUGUUGAAACGCCGCCUCCAAACAGGAAUUGCACCAAAUUGCGUCUUGACAGAAGCGAGUACGGGGGAAGAAGCCUUACAAAUAGUUGGCAAGCAGACGUUUGACGUGAUUAUUGUGGACCAGUACAUGGAAGAAGCCGGAGGUGUUAUGGUCGGAACCGAUGUUGUUUAUGCGAUGCGACGUAUGAAAACUGGGUUUGGCAAAAGCCAAUUCCAACAAACGCCACUAUCAUAAAUCGCUUGCGCGAGGCAUUGCUGACGAAAAAAUUGCUAGCUUCUAAAAAAUUUUAGGUUUUUAAAGCGAUCC